AAUGCUAAAAAGUGCUUUUAAGUUGAUUAUAAUAUAUACAUAUGUAUACAUAUGUAUAAAAAGAAAUGAAAAGGCAAAUAGUAGAGCACACGCCGCCCCGCGUCCCCUGUUUAUCCCCUCUCUACAUAUCUCUGGCUCUGGGGCACAUGGCGGCAGGCAGUUUAUUUUUAUUUCAUUUGCACAUUUUCAAUGCAAAUUAUUAUAGAAAUCAACAGAUAAAACACCAAAAAAAAAUUUUCGCUUUCGCAUUUCAAUACCAAAAAAAACCGAAAAAAACAACAACGAAAACGGAACCAAAAAAGCGAUGAAACAAGAAACGGGCGAAAAAGAAAAGAAACGACAAAAAAAAGUGAAAUGCGCAUUGACUUUCGGGAACGUUUUUAUUGUCAAUUUUUCAAACGACCGUGUGAUUGUGUUGCUCUCUCGCUCUCGCUAUCGCUCUUUCCACUGAUCACCUCGCUCUCCGUCUCUAUCUCUCUCAAUCACUUUGGCACGCUCACUCACUCUCUCACCGUGUUCGCCUUUUGCUUUGCUCUUCAGUUCGCAUAACGGAACUGAACUGCUUGGCGGCUGUCUUCUUAUUGUUGUUAGGCAAAAGCAGAGGCAAAGACAGACAGAAAAAAAGUUGAAGCGGUACGGUAUGCGUGCGUUGCCCUUUGGCUCCUCAUUUACAACUACAACAAAAAAUACAACUACACUCAUGAAUGAAUGAAUGAUGGUUGUUGUACAUGGAGCAGAAGCCAGUAAAAGACGCUUCUACAUAAUUAUCUGCUUCAUCUCUUGAACAUUUUUGAUUUUUAUUUAACACCUGCUGUUCUUCCAUCAACGGAAUGAAAUGCUCAAUGCAAUCUCUGUGUUUGUUGUGUGUGUGUGUGCGCGCAGUGCUGCAAUUGCGAUCAACAGCUGUUGCUGAGUGAAGAGUGUGCAGAGAGCAAUUACUUGGAGAGAGAGAAAUAAGCACGCGUGUGUGUGUUUGUGUCCUUGCAUGUGGUUUUUGUUCUGUGGUUUUUUGUUGUUGUAGCUAGGAUGAUUUUUUUUUUUGCUAAAUGGGAAAGGGGAGAUUAUAGGGAUUACAUAUUAGGGAUAUAAACAACAACCUAUCGGAUUAAAAAUUUAUCGAAUAUCUAUUAUCCAUAUCCAUGACAAACUUUUGUACUUGCAAGACAUUUAUUAAAACCAAAAAAGUAUUUAAAAAAAAAACAUUCUGAUCAAUUUUACAGCCAACUAAUAAAUUAAUCUAUCAAUCGCCUCAAACAAAAAGCAAUACAAAAAAAAAAACAAAAUUAAACGACAACAAAAUGGGACAACACCCGAAAUACAGCAACAAAAAGUUAAACAUGUAGUUACAAAAAAAAAAAACAAAAGGAAUAGAAAAGCAAAGAAAAGUUUAUUACGAAUCGCAUUAACACGGAAGUAGCCACUAGCUUUACAGAGAAAAAACAAGCAGAAAAGAAGCAUAAACUUUAGAGAGCCUAUAAAAGUACGCCUUCCAAUAGUUAUUAUUAUAUACAAGCAUUAUAUACAGCCUAUAUACAUAUUACAUAGCCAUAGCACAUACAAAUUCGAUAUGGAUGGUAUAUACAACAGGAGGAGCAGGAUGAUGACGACUCGUGGCGGAGAAUCGUGGUUAAAGUGCGUUACAUUCUAACGGUGCAAUCAAAUCUUAUUAUAUAUAGCCACACACGAUCAUAGUAUAUAGAAUACCAAUAUAUAUACAUACAUAUAUAUAUAUAUAUAUUUCUUAUAUCAAAUACUCUUAACAAUUUUUACAAUCCGCUUGAAAAAUCAAAUCAGCCGCAAACGCAAUUACUUUAGUAAAAAUUACUUUAAACAAGAACGAAGAUAGAAAGCAAAGAAACAAAAGGAAAAAAAACAUUAAAAAAAAAGUCAAGUGCAAAUUACAAAACAAAUUAUUCUUCAUAGAACAAAAAACUUCAACAAAUUAUUAGAAUUAUUAGAAAUUUCAAAUAUUAAAAAAAAACAAACAAAUUUAUCCUAAAGCGUAUUUCUUAGGUAUAAAUCAAAUGAGUAAUACAAAAAUUUUUAUAUAUGGUAAAUGCGCCCCAAGUGCUUAAGCAACAGCAACAAACACCCCAAAAAGUAAAAACAAAACUAAUGUUAAACAACAACAACCUCAACCAACAGCGAAUCGAGCAAUAUUAUCAAUAAUGAAUCAUUAAAUUGUUAAACGUUAAAGAUUAAAUGUAAUGUAGAAAACACCAAUUAAAAUUGAAAAAAAAAAUUAACAAAACAAAACACCAAGAACGCUAGUAACCUGCCAACAAAAGACACCAACAAUUCAUGCGGUGCCUGAAUAAAUACAUCAUCAUCGCCUUACAACAAUCACAACAACAACACCAACAACAAGCAAGUGCCUCCGCCUCCCCAGAGGCCAGGGAACUAGGAAUAGGAAUAGGAUCAGAAAUCAGAAACCGAGGAACAGGAACUGGUCUGGACACAGACAGCUAAGCUGCUACACCCACACCCUCAUAAUUUGUGGGCGGCAGCUUAAACCCCCAGAUAUCUUGGAUUAAUCAUCACUCAGCAGACGCCGCCACGCCCCAAAAGCGGGUGGAUGGGGGAUGCGUUCUAUGAGUAGCGCGAACGCGAACCCGACAACAACUGCAACACCUUCAACUUCAUCAACGAUCACAGCAGGAUAUGGAUAUACAUAUGAAGAAACUAACUAAACCACGCAUGGAGGAAUACGAGCGACGGAAGCGACGAGAACGUGAGAAAAUAGAACGGCAACAGGGGAUACAGAUCGAUGAUCGGGAGACGGCGCUUUUCAGCGAGCCGCGACGGCUGACGGAGGGGGAUGCCGAGAUCACGGCCGCCCUGGGGGAGUUUAUCGAUGCGAGGGUCUACAUCAAUCAGUCAACGGUGGGGAUUAGUCGGCACGCGCCCGGCGCCGGCAAUCCGCGUCUGCAGGCACCGCCGCCGCCCAAAACCGUCGGCCAUUCGCACUCACCCUCCUCCUCCGCCUCCGGCUCAGCCCUGCCCGGCCAGAGCCAGCAGCAGCAACAGCAACAGAAGCAGCACUACCAGCAGCAACAGCAACAGCAGCAGCAGCGACCUCCGGGCUAUCUGAAGCAGGCGGACAACAAGCCGCCGUACAACGGACGCGGCGGCUAUCCGGGGCAGCCGAUGAAGAACGAUAUACCCUCGAGUAGUGGCAUGGCUCCGCCCCGGGGACCGCCCAGAUCUGGCCCUGGCUCCGGAUCCAUCUCCAACUCUAGCAGCAACUCGUCCAGCGCCACAAACAAUGCCACCGGCGGAGCCGCCGGCACGACUCCCCUGGGUCCGCCCCUGUCUACGCAGAUGCCCAAUGGGCGGGAGAAAUCGUUUCUGGGACCACCGGCGCCAGCGCUCAACAAUGGCGCUGGCCUCUUUGUGCCUCCAGCUGCCAGCAAGCGGCCCGGCAGCGGCCCCGGACUGCAGCCGCCCCCGCCAGAGAAGGACAUCAGCAAGAUGAUCAGCGAGAUGACGAACAGCUUUCGGGUGACGGCCCCACUGACGUCGAUAGCGGCCACCCCACAUGCCCCGACGCGAGAGAACUACAACCUGAACGGGCCCAACACAAACAAGUAUGCCUUUGGGCCGAUCGGCUCCCCGCCCAUCGGCUCCCAGUCCUCGUCCCUGAUGGCCCCACUGUUCGCACCCAUUGCGCCCAUCGCCUCGCCCAUUACCUCCCUGCUGACGACCCCGCCGCACGCUAGUCAGCUGCCCCUAGGCGGCGUGAGUCCCGUGGCGCCACUGCAACAACUGCCGCCGACACCGCCCAAGGCUGCGUCCGCCCUCUCCCCGCCAGCAGCGGCCAAGCCGCUCAAGACGGAAAAGAAUCAUACGCUGGAGAAGCAGGACUCAUGCCUCGAGAACGAUCUGGAGCUGUCCGAGUCGGAGGACGAGCAGCGCAAGAAGGAGAGUAGAUCGGCGGGGAAUAGCAGCAACAGCUCCGAGUCGGAUUCCAGCGAAUCGGGCAGCGAGUCGAGCAGCAAGGGUGACCACCAGCAGCAACAACAACACCACCAUCACAACCAUCACCACCAGCAACAACAACAGCAACAGCAGCAGCAGAAGCAGCAACACCUGCAGCAGCAGCUCUUCCAGCAGCAGCAGCAGCAGCAGCAACAACAGCAGCAGCAGAUCCAACAGCAGCAGCGACAACUGACGGCGAAUGGCAGCAAGAAAAAGUAUAGCCACUCGAUCAUUGCCGGCGGCGGAAGCACAAUAAGUGGUCUGCUAACGUCCAGUGGAUUCGGCGGCGGUGGUGCCAGUGGCGGAGGAUCCACAGUGAGCUCUGGCGGUGGCGGUGGAGGCAGCGGACCGGGCGGAGGAUCGGGCAGCAGUUCAGGAACUGGGACCACGAGCAGCGGCAGCUCCUCGAACAAGACGCCCUCGCCCACGGAGAGCAACAAGUGGACGCUGAGUCGCUUCUUUCCGAAACCGGCCAACCAGACCAGCUCCGAGAGCGUCUCGCCCGGUAAUGUGAGCAUGAAGGUGCCGGGCAUCCUACCGGGCGGCGCUCAGAUCAUACCCGAGUCCAUUGAGGUGACCACGGCCAUUGUGAAGAACGAAAAGAUUCACGACGACCACAUGGACAUGGACGAUGGCGAGGAGGAGGACGAGGAUGAGGAGCAACAGCAACACCAGCAGCAGCAGCAGCAGCUGCGCUACGGAGCCGGACUGAGCGUCACCCCCGUGGCGGUGGCCGUCAAGAAGGAGGCCCUGGACGGCGUGGGGGAGAUGGGGGGUCUGCCGGCGAUACCAAAAAACCAGAUAAAACGGGAAGCCGAGGGCCUGCACUCCGCCGCCCGUCUAUCGGACUCUGGGACCAGUGGCAGCGGCAGCACCUCCAGCAGCAGCAGCAGCUCGGACAGUGCCCCCGGCGAGGUGGUGCCCAUGCCAGGACCAGGCGAGACCCUGCAGCUGCCGGGAGUGCCUGCUGCCAUUACGACGGUGAUGCGGGUGCCCCUCACCCUGAUGCAGAAGGCGCCCCCAAAUAGUGUCACCCUCACGCCCAUUCUGCCGCUCCCCGCCUCGCCAAAGCAACGCCAAAAGAAGCCGCGCAAGAAAAAGCCCGCCACCAGCGCCCCCAUCCUGGACUCCAGCGACGAGGAUGAGCCGCCCGCUGUCAAACAUGCCCUGGAAUUGUCUGCCACCGCAGUGGCUGCGGCUGCGGCUCAGGCCCAUGCGACAGCCACGGUUCCUCCGCUGGCAGUGAAGAAGGGACGCGGCAGGCCGAGGAAGCAGCAACAGAGCGGCGGCAGUGGGAACCUCAGCAGUGCCUCGGCCGGCAGCAGCUCCCAGACCAAGGGACCCACGCUGACGGCCGCCAAGAAGCCGCUGGUCAAGGGCCCCGCCAUGGCCAACUCGAGGAAACGCGACCAUUCCAGCCAGAGCAGCUCCAACGGUAACACGCCUACAAAGAAGCUGGCCAUGGGCACGGGCACAGGUUCAGGCAUGGCCAUGACAGUGCCCAUGACAGUGUUGGCAUCCGGUCCGGCCAAUGCGAUGGCGGUGGCCAGCAGCAGCUCCGACGAGGACAGCUCGUCGAGCACCGGUUCCACUGUCUCCAAGUCGAGCAGCUCCUCCAGCAGCAGCGACGACACAGAGACCAACCAGAACACAAAGUGUCGGAUCGUGAAACUGAACAAAACGGGCGCAGUGCCGCCCCAGGCCCGCUUGGGAGCGGGUGCCAGUGCGGGGAGCAGUGGGAGCAGUUCACCGAGCAGCAGCGGGCCAGAGGAUCAUCUGGCCAUGAGCACGGCCAGCGCCCUGCCCAUGGCCCAGCAGUUGAUGCAGCCGUACAAGCCGCGAGCUGUCAGCCAGCACAGCCAGCAGCUGAGCAGCUCCGAGUGCUCCUCGUCGAGCGGCAGCAGUACCAGCGGCGACGAGGACGAGGCCAAGCGGGAGAAGGAGCGGGAGCGCAAGAGGAAGAGCGACAAGAACAAGAUCAGCACGCUGACGCGCAUCUUCAAUCCCAAGGAGGGGGGCGCCAAGAAGCAGGGCCAGGUGGUGAUCAUGGACCAGUCGGAGGAGCAGCAGCAGGUCAGCAAGGUUGGCGACUCCGCCUCCCAGCCAGUCCCGAUGCAGACCGCGGCCAUGGCCAAGCCCCGCAUGACGCCCACCCAGCAGCAGCAGCAGCUGGGCGCAGGCCUGGCCUCCCCAGCCCGUACCACGACGCCGCAUUUGACAUCGCUGAUAUGCAAGAUUGACCUCAGUAAGUUAUCGCGCGAGCGGAUAAUGCGCCUGAAGAAGCUCACACCCUCCCAGCAGAACGGCCAUCUGACGCCCAAGGAUCUGGGCACGACACAGCCCCAGCCACAGGUGCAGGUACAGGCACAGUCGGUGCAGGUGUCGGCCCCGCAUUUAACACCCAACGGCUAUGCCGGAGAGGGGCAUGGGCAUGGCCAGGGCCAGGGCCAGGGGCUGCCUGCAAAGGUGAAGCACGAGCAUCCGCAUCCGGUCAAGCCGGAGCCAGAGCUGGAUGCCGGCUACGAGAGCAAGUUCAAGCCCGGCAACGUGAAGCAGGAGUUCCAGCUGAAGCAGGAGAGGGAUCGUGAGCGGGAAAGGGAAAAGGAUCGAGAGCGGGAGAGGGAGAGAGAGCGAGAACGGGAACGGGAACGAGAAAGAGAGCGGGAACAGCCAACAGGAGGAGGGCGUCGCCGCAAGCGCAGCUCCAGCUCCAGUUCCAGUCCGUACAAGGAAAAGAAGCGGAAAAAGGAGAAGUCCGACCAUCUGCAGAUCAGCAAGGAUCAGCUGCUGCCCGUGCCUGUCCUGCUGCCCUCUAACAACCACGAGCGAAUGUCCUGCCACGAGCGGUUGUCCUUUGACAAGCUGCAGCUGCUCCACGAAGACGCUGCUGCUGCCGCCGCCGCUGCUGCCGCUGUCUCUGCCCCCAAUGGCAGUCCCAGCAAGAAACUACUGGUCAUGUCACCGCUACCGCCUCCGCCAACAGCCGCAGCCGUGCCCCUCGCGGUUGGGGCGGCCUCCACAUGCAGCGAGGCUGUGCAGACGACUCCCCCGUCGACAGCCGCAACGGCCACAGCGGCCACCUCCACGACGGGGACCUCCACGGCUCCACCGGCGCCGAUCAUGCGUCUCAUAUAUCGAUCGUACUUUGACCGUGAGGAAGAGCCGCACAGCGAUGACCACAGAAAAAACAAUCAGUUCCUCGUGGAGGCCGUCAAUCGGAAGCAUGCCGCCGACUCGGAGCGCGACUCCUUCAACCAGGUCACCCUCUAUUUGGAAGCCGUUGUCUACUUCCUUCUCACCGCCGAUUCCAUGGAGCGCUACAGCUCGGAGCAGGCCACAUGGACCAUAUACAAGGACACCCUGUCGCUAAUUAAAUUCAUUUCCUCCAAGUUUCGUCCCUACCAACAGUCAACGAAUGGACAGCACGAAACGCACAACAAAGUGGCCAUACUCAGUUUGCGCUGCCAGUCGUUGAUUUCGUUGAAGCUGUACAAGCUGCGACGGGCCAACUGUCGGACCGUCAUCAACAGCUUAACGGAGUUCUUUCGGACCGGCAGGGGGGACAUUGUCAAUGGCAAUACGCCGUCCUCCAUAUCACCAUCGAACUCGGUGGGCUCACAGGGCUCCGGUUCGAAUACUCCGCCAGGAAAAAUAGUGCCUCAAGAAAUACACACUCAGCUGUGGAAGCAGAAUGAGUAUCUGACCUAUGUGAAUAGUGCUCACGAGUUGUGGGAUCAAGCUGAUCGAUUGGUGCGCACAGGCAAUCAUAUAGAUUUCUUCCGCGAACUGGACCACGAGAAUGGCCCGCUGACGCUGCAUAGCACCAUGCCUGAGGUGUUUCGGUAUGUGCAGGCGGGCCUCAAGACGCUCAGGGAUGCUGUGUCGCAUCCGACGCAACAGACGCAGCAUCAGUCGCACUAGCGACAGCGGAAACAGAAGCAGAGGCAGAAACAGAAACAGAAACAGAAACAUAAACACCACCACCAAACGUGUCUAAAUGAAAGUCAGGCCAAAUUAGCAACUAUUAUACACUACAAGCUACUAAUUUAGUUAAUCAAGAAACACUACACGAAACGAAACGAAACUAAACGGAAUAAUCCAAGAAGCCUUCCAAUAUCAACAGCAAGGAGAGAACCAACCCCAAUCAACCAACCAACCAACAACAACGCAACACAACACAACAAAUGAUUUGUUAAUAAUUUAUAGUUUUAUAUGUAUGUAUGUAUGUAAUUUGUAUAUGCACACCAAUUACUUAUUUCCUUAUGCUCAAUUUUCGAUUGUUUUGUAAGCAUGUUAAGCUUUAUAUUUAUGCCUAAUUUUAAUUGAUAUUACCACACACACACACACACACACCACACAAACACACUUAAAGAUAACUUAGCUAUAUGUCUAGACUGUAAGCUCAACCAAC